AUGGAUCAUCUCGGCUCAAUUUUGCGUUCGGCCGCUGACCUGUUGCUGAAACCAGCAACAUCACGAGAAACACAAGAUCAACAAGUGCAACGUAAAGUGAUGGAUUAUCUGCGCCGAUACGGCUACCUUAACGGUAGUGGCGGUCGUUCGGACAUGCGUUUGAACUUUGCUGAAGAGGCUUUAUCGAAAUUGCAGGCGUUCGCGGAUAUAAACGUGACCGGCACGUUAGACGAGGCGACUCAGCGCGUCAUGCGGUCACCGAGGUGUGGGCUACCCGACGUUAUGGAAACCGAUGGGCGGCGUGUGGGACGAUCCCCGGCCGUCCGCGGAAAGAUCGACAUCGGGCGCAUAACCUGGUGUUGGGAUCAGUACAGAUCGCGUCGGCCAUCACGGACAAACGUAUCGUCUGAACUACAGAAGGCUUUCCGAACCUGGUCCGUCGGAACGGGCGCUUCGUUCGUGCAGGCGGCCACCGGCGAGUGCCUGAUACGCGUGGUGUUCGCUCGACGGGACCACGGUUGCGGGUACAGUUUCGAUGGUGAGGGCGGUGUGUUAGCGCACGCGUUUUACCCUCACGACGCUGACGAAAACGACAGCGACAUCCACUUCGACUCGGACGAAACAUGGACAGAUGGGACUGGCGACGGUGGUGUCAGUCUUUUUCACGUCGCUGUACACGAGAUCGGGCACGCCGUCGGGCUGCACCACAGCGACAACCCCCACUCCGUUAUGUUUCCCUGGUAUUCGACGGUGGCCGUGGACAGAGACACACCCCACCUACCUGUGGAAGACGUGGCUAAUUUCUAUGAUUUAUACAGACCCCAGUAUGUCGCAGGUGACGGUAUUAGUGAACCUGCCGGGAAGGGAACUGGGUCGGAGACGGUCCAACAUGUUUGUGUCAAUUCGUACGGGCCGUACGACGAUAUGACUUACAUCGGUGGUGAGCUUUUCGUCUUGAAACGCGGAAAGGUCAGACGUUGGUACGGCAGCCAUUACGUGGGUGAAGAGACACUGUCGGACCAUUUCCGAGAUAUUCCAAAAGACAGGCCAGCGCGGGCCAUUCAUUUCGACGUUUACACGAAAGCGAUGUUGAUAAUAGUCGAUAACGAGCUGUUUGAAUACCAACUGUACCCCUACGAGCUCCUCCGCCGGCGCGCCACCUUGAGUUCUGAUCUCGGCAUCUUUUCCCGCACACCCGUGGACACCGUGUUCGGUUGGCGAGCCGGAGAAACGUACGUCGUUUCCGGAAGACACUAUUGGAAACUGGGUCUCGCUCCGAGGGCGAGGGCGGAAUACAUGGGUCGUAUUGCCAAACGCUGGCCGGGCAUGUCGGAUGACGGCUACGACGCCGUCUUAACCCGUGACCAGAAGGGGUACUUCGUGAAGAACAAUUGGUAUUGGGAAGUUGACACCGGGUCGGGUAGACCUUUGUCGUUCAAACAGGUACUCGGUAAUAUGUUCCCCCGUUGUGAGGAGGCACGAAGGCAGGAGAUGAGAGCCCGACAGGUGGUGUCUGAAGGGAUCGUGGCAAGCGAUGGUGGAAUCGGCCCGUGUCUGUUGACGGGUUUUAGCGUGCUAGUCGCGCAGUGUAUUCUUCCAAAUUCUAUGUGA